CCGAGCCCCGCCCGUCGGCGUCGGCGGGCCAUGGCCGCGCUGCGGUGGCGAGGGCGCGGGCCGGUGGCGGGGCUCGGGCUGCGCCUUCUGGGGCCGCCGUUCCUCGGGCCUCCUCGGGCCUCCGCCUGCCGCCGCGGGGCCUCGUCGGGGCCGAUCCGGCCGACCAGCGCCCGGCAGCGGGACGGCAUCAGGAACAUUAUCUUGAAUAAUCCCAAGAAAAGGAAUGCACUGUCACUCUCGAUGCUGAACUCUCUGCGAAAUGACAUUCUCCAUGAAGCUGAAAGCAAGGAUCUGAGAGUCAUUAUCAUUUCAGCUGAGGGCCCUGUGUUUUCUUCUGGGCACGAUUUAAAGGAGUUUACAGAUGAGCAAGGCCCAGAUUACCACAUGGAAGUAUUUCAGACCUGUUCUGAGAUCAUGAAGAUCAUCCAGAAUCACCCAGUCCCAGUCAUCGCCAAGGUGAAUGGCUUAGCCACUGCUGCCGGUUGUCAACUGGUUGCGAGUUGUGACAUUGCAGUGGCGAGUGAAAAAUCCCGCUUCGCGACUCCUGGCGUGAACGUUGGGCUGUUUUGCUCCACUCCUGCAGUGGCCUUAGGGAGGGCCGUGCCCAGGAAGGUAGCCUUAGAGAUGCUGUUCACCGGAGAACCAAUCUCCGCCCAGGAUGCCUUGCUGCAUGGAUUGCUCAGCAAGGUGGUCCCAGAAGAAGAGUUGGAGGAAGAGACCAUGAGAAUCGCCCGUAAGAUCUGCGCAUCGAGCCGCUCCGUGGUGGCCCUGGGCAAGGCCAUCUUCUACAGGCAAAUGUCCGAGGACCUGGGGACAGCCUACCGCCUGACCUCCCAGGCUAUGGUGGACAACCUGGGCAUGCAGGAUGGCAAGGAAGGGAUCCAAGCUUUCAUCCAGAAGCGCAAGCCUGUGUGGUGCCAUUCCUAGGCUAGAGACCCGGGAAGCCCGUUGGCUAAUCCGAAGGGCUCCUGAAUGAGGGAGGAAGUUCUUCCCCUGCCCACUCUCGCCACUCCAUCGGCUGAGAAAGACUCGGCCGAGGUUGCAAUUUUACUCGGCCAAGGCUGCAAUUUUCCUCUGGAGCUGAAAAACUAAAAGUUAAUGGAAUGAGACUUAUGGAUAAACAAUAAAAUGAAGUGUCUGGUUAUUGACUA